UGAACACCUUGUCAUGGAAAUUCAUUUCCAGCAACCAAAGCCGCUCCAGAAAGCAUCACAUGUUCCAAUCAGCAGAGGAGGCAAGUUCAAAGGAAGGAACAAGAACAAUGGCACGAACAAAUUUGUUGGUGUGAGACAAAGACCUUCUGGGAGAUGGGUGGCUGAGAUCAAAGACACAACCCAGAAGAUAAGAAUGUGGCUUGGCACAUUUGAGACUGCAGAAGAAGCAGCCAGGGCUUAUGAUGAAGCUGCCUGCCUUCUUCGAGGAUCCAACACUCGCACCAACUUCAUCACUCGCGUUUCCACAGAUUCUCCUCUCGCUUCUCGUAUUCGAAAUCUGCUUAACAACAGAAAAGUAACCAAAGAACAAGAUGUUGAUGCUUCUUCUUCGAGAGUCAACCCUACUAGCUCUGGUGGUACUAGUACUACUGGGAGCUCAGACUCAAGCAAUGAUGACAAAAAUGAUAGCUCUCUUUCUAGUGGGAAAAUUCAGAACACAGAGUUAUUUGCUGAUGGAUAUAGACCAGAUUUGAGCAGUUACGGGGAGGGAUUUGAUUUAUGCCCCCAAUCUAAUCUUUCGUGGGGUCUUGGACCUAUCGUUGAUCGUUUUCCUUUUGCUCAAGUAUUGGACGCGCCGAAGACUGAUGGUGUUGCUGACACAGUUGAGUUAGAGCUUUCAGAAUUCGAGAGGAUGAAAGUUGAAAGACAGAUAUCAGCUUCACUCUAUGCAAUUAAUGGAGUCCAUGAGUACAUGGAAACUGUCCAGGAUUCUAGUGAAGAAGCUCUUUGGGAUCUUCCACCCUUGUGGUCAAUGUUUUGCUAAAUUCAAAGUUCUAAAUGACCUUUAAAUCAGUCUUUUCUUCAGUGCUCCUAGUUAAUAAUAUCAUCCACCAUCGUUCCUAAACAAUCUCAGAGUCAGGAAGAGUUCGGGAUCUUGACUUGGGAUAGAGUUCUGCUUGCCUUUCUGCUUCAUAAAUAUCAGCUAGAAAGCGAGUUGCAUUAGCUCUUUGUGAAUGCCUUGUUUUUCAA